AGCAGCACGAGCAAAGAGCUAGCUUAGCUGCAUUCUGAAACUGAAGGUCGAGGGCAUCCGCUGCACGAAACUAGAAGAGUGCGCUAGUUAGCUCCGAGUCUGACGACAAUCCCUAUGGCUUCCAAGCAGACGCUCGUGCUCGUCGCGGCCGCCCUCGCCGUCGCCUUCCUCCCGGCGCUCGCCGCCGCCACCGAGCACUGGGUGGGCGACGACAAGGGCUGGACCCUCGGCUUCAACUACUCCGCCUGGGCCGAGACCAAGCAGUUCAAGGUCGGCGACACGCUAGUGUUCAAGUACAGCGAACCCAGCCACACGGUGGUGGAGGUCAGCGGCGCCGACUUCAAGACGUGCAGCAAGCCGGAGAACUCCAAGGUGCUCACCACCGGCCAGGACCAGGUCACGCUCAGCGAGGCCGGCCGGCGGUGGUUCGUCUGCAGCGUCGGCGCGCACUGCCAGAACGGCAUGAAGGUCAGGAUCGACGUCCUUGCCGCCGAGGAUGCCGCCGGGGGUCCGUCCGCGAUGCCGCCGCCGCCGUCCAGCCCCGCGGCCAAGGUCCAGGCGCGCCUCGCGCAGGCUGUGCUCGCGGUGACCGCCGUCAUCGCCGCCGUGCUCGCGUUCUAGGCUUCUAGCCUUCUGCGCCUACGUAAACGUAUACUUGAUUUGAGCGUUGAGUUCUGUGGUGCCGUGGUGGUUUAAUUAUUUCUGUAAGAGUGUCUACGGGAG